AUGAUGGACUCAGAGUGCCAUCGAGAUCUUUCUACCCUAGCAAUCUUGCUGGAUAACCUUCCGCAUCAACUCCCAGAAGCCUUACCUAGUGCGCCAGCAAACAAGCUGCUCGACUUUGCCUUGGACUUGGAGUGGGUAGAUGAUGUCGGCGAAGAGGCAGCCGCAAACCGGGAGCUGGAGAUUUCGCUGGGACCACGCAAUCAUCAGGGAAUCUUUGCUAUAGAAUCACGAGGACCUGGAAUCCAGUGCCUCUCCUCCGUUCUUGUGUCAUGGAUCCAGAGAUAUCCGAAGAACGUGAUCUUCCGGAAAUGGCUGCAAGACGCGAUUGCCUCAGCACAAGAUGUCUUCAGCAGAUUCGGAGUCGAAAUCCCGGGAGAAGCACCCAAAGUCGUGGGAUCUCCAGCAACGGCUGUUGAUGGGAAGCUAGGGCUCACGAGUGUCAGGCAGACGACUCUGUCCUUUGGAAAGAUAUUGUCUAAUACACAGGGGACAAAGAAAGACAAGAAACGAAAGAUUCUUGAUCAUGAUCAGCUCAAAGCGUCUUCUGCGGCUACCAAGCACCGACCUGACAGCAAGAUUGUGACUAAGCCCGUACUGCUCAAAGUCUCGAAGCCGUUCUGGGUGGAUGAAAGCUCAAAGAAGAAGGGUGUCCGUUGUGCAGCCAGCGCGUCAUGCGGAACGAUUUGGGCUAGUUGGCCUCGAAACAAGCAACGCGUUCUGAAACAUGCAUCAGCGUGUGGCUCGUUAGCAACUUACAACGGCGGAGAGCUGGUGACGAAGGCGUUACACAUCCAUGCGCAGUCCAACCCCAAACUUUUGGAGCAGCUGAGGACAACAAUGGGAAUCGAGCCCAGGAGCACCACAUCAAGCUCACAAACUGAAGCACGCAACAAUCUUGUGGAGCCUCAGGAGCCUCCGCCGCUGAAACGACAACGGACUGUGGUAAUGACAGCUGCACCAGCACAGCCGAGCAGCACACCGUCUGCCAUCAAUAUCGACAGCGAAGUCCUCCCAGAGUCGGAGGAGAAACGGCGGUACCAGACUGAGGGGCGAAAAGAUCUUGCACGUAAAGCAAAUGACGCUGUGACGGUUGUAUCCCUCCUCUUGCUUACCUGA